AUGCAAUUAAAUGGUAAAAUAUUUGUAAUUACUGGAGGCGCAAAUGGGUUUGGCGCUGCGUUAUCAAGGCGAGCUGUACGUGAAGGAGCUAAGGUUGUAUUAGGUGAUAUCGAUCAAAAAGGUGGCGAGGCUAUUGAAGCAGAGUUGAAUAAAGAUAACGCGAAGAAUGCUAAGUUCGUGAUAUGCGAUGUUCAAAAACGUGCGGAUUUGGCCAAAUUGUUUGAGACUGCUGAGAAAGAGUUUGGUGGUAUUUUGAUCAAUAACGCGGGAAUUAUUCGAAUGCCAGAAUUCCAUGAUGGAAAUGAAAAAUGGAAACAAGUGAUCAGCGUUAACUUAAAUGCGGUAAUUGAAGGAACACAAUUGUCGCUACCGUACUUUAAGAAACGCGGUGGGGGAGUUGUCGUUAAUGUUGCUUCAAUGGCAGGAGUCCAGCCUUACUACGUGGGAUUGUUCCCGGUUUACGGAGCUUCAAAAGCAGGGGUGAUUGCGUUUACUCAAUCUCUUCAUGUACUAAAAGAAUCAAAUAUUCGUGUGAAUGCAGUUGCACCUAUAUAUUCCGAAACAAAUUUGCUUCGCGAAUUGUGCAACGGUUCCAGCAAUCUCAAGAAAUUUGUAGACCGAGUCGGCACCGUAAGAGUUGAGGAAGUAAUCAAUGGCAUUAUGCACUGUAUCGAGAAUGAGCGUUUGAUAGGUGAGGUUGUAGCUAUUCUUCCUUCUCGUUUUUUUGUAGUUCCGCAGUUGAAAGGAAAGCUUUAA